AUGGAAAGCAAAUCACAUAAGAAACAGAGGCGCAAGUAUAGGCCACUUGAUGUCAAGACAUGGUUCGAGGGCUUUCUGCGCCUAAUAGGAUGGAUUCUUGUCAUCGUCCUCUCCGUUGUUACUGGUGGCCUUUUCGUCUUCUACGAGAUCAAAGUCCUCAACCGUCACGACACGGACUUCCGGGACAUGUACUUCGACCAACGAAUCACAAAUGACGUUAACAAUGAAUACCACAAGAGCUUCCUUCUGGCGGAGCAAUGCUCCAAUCCCGACCCCGUCUACUUCUCCGGCCAGACAGCGCUCUUCCCGUACUCGGAACCUGUCGGGUUCCCUCCCUGGAGUGGCAUCCUGCCGGUCUGCAAGCCGGUCAUCAUGAUUGAAUGUACGGAUAUCCGUACGGCGGCAUGUAACUCGACACGGCAAGCUCUGUACGACGCUGUGGGUAUGGCGCUAAUCCCCGGUACGCCGUACAUCAACUGCCUGCGUGCCGGCCGCGUGCGGGUUGGUGCCAUGGCAGUACCCGCGGGAAGACCCAUCUCGCUGGUGGCCUACCAGGACGAAGGCAACCCGUACGACACAUUAGUAAUAAACAGCCCCUUUGAAAUUAAUGGGACUCAGAUUCAGGAAUUUGUGGACCGAGUGGCGGCUGCAGCGAACAGCAACAACACCGACUACGUGCAGCCUAGUACGCAGCUGAGCAGCGGCAUCUACCUGGCGGGGGUGCAGGUGGUGGCGUCCUUGGAUAAACUGAGGGAGGAGAACCGGGAGCUGCGCGCUGUGCCGCCCUGGACAGUGGUGUCCAACCUGUGGCCCUGGCCGGGCAUGAACAAGCGCUGUGAGAACACCGGUACCUUCGCCGCCUACUACAUCACCGGCUCCGCCAACAUCACUAUCCCCAGGUUCUCGUUGGCCCAUCCCGACGAGACGGUCAUUACGCUGACGGUGGCGGGUAGCAGUCUGCUGUUGGGCGCCUGGAGAGUGACCCCGGCUGCGGAACCCACCCUGGAGCUGGGCGCCUCUACGGAUGUGACCGUCAGCUAUUUGUCCGGUGUGCAGGUGGCCAUCGGUCAGGUCCCUCUGCUGGGCCCUUGUGGCGGUUGGCAGUUCAGUCCCGAUCCAAACGACCUCAACCUCACUUACACGGCCCACUGGACGGGCUCGCUGGCGGACCUCCAGGCUGGUACGUCCUUCCGACCCAUCGUGAACCAGGUGGUGACUGUAAAUGUGCUCGACGUGGCGGCACCCAGAUCGUUUGCACUACCCGCCUAUGGUGGAAUGUACUACAUAUUCGGUGCAUUUGGCAUGGCCUUCAUCUGGCUCGUUAGCAAUAGUCUGAUCCUGUUUAUUAUCAUCCUGGUCUGGUGGAACAUUCGAAGCAACAAGGGCUUGCCGCCAAUCAUCUACCGUUACAUGAAGAAGUACCGAGGGUGGUAA